AUGGCUCUCACCAACCCGACCCAGACACCUCCCUCACCCCAAAGCUCUGCGAAACGCCCGUCAGUCGAGGCAGAUGGCGCCUCUCCAGCAAGGAAACAGCGGCAAGCAUACCGCCGGCACCACCGUUUGCGGCAGUCUCACGACCUGGCUGCCGCUGCUGGCGCAGAGAUCUUGAACGAUAGCAUUUCCAUUGAUAGCCAGCUGAAUGCGUCGAUAGUGAGGGUCCUGGAUGAAACAGGAUUUGAUAACGUCGAGCCAGUGGUCUUGGACAGCUUCAGGAACAAUGUAGAAGAGCAUAUGCUUCACUUUCUAUCCUACGUCCGCCAGUCGAUGACAUCCAGCCGGAGGGUGCAGCCCAUCCCGCAGGACUUUGAACAUGCACUCCGCUACCACUCGAUACGUGUAGACUCCCUUCGGCCGCAUCUCAGCGCAUUCCAACGUACGACCCAGGCCAGUCCUGCAACGCCCUCGUCCAAACCAAGUCUCCUUACUCCUCCACCGGAAGAAGGUGCAGACGAUGAUGAGGACGACAAGCCCAUACCAACGCGAAAUUACGCCUUCUUAGGACCAGAGUUAAAUUCCGGAGACAGUGACCCUAAGAAAAUUUCCUAUAUACCCAAAAACUUCCCCAGUUUCCCCAGCAAACACACAUAUCAAGAGACACCCGUAUUCGCCACCAAACGAGAAACCAACCCCGAAAAAAUACGAGAACGCGCGACAGAGGAAGGACGGUUGGGCGAGGAGGCCUUGCGCAAGCUCACCCGCGCUGCGAGGGAAGGUCAGGGCAAUACUCGAGCUCACCGGGACAAAACGCUGUGGGGUCGCAAAAACGAGAGUAUGGACAGCAUGUUUGAUAAGACACUGAAGGCAUUAACAAAGUCAACCUCUGCCGCCAAACAGCCCGACGGCUCCUUGGUACUGGACCUGGGGCCGAUUGUGAACAGUAACCGGGUUUAUUGGCGCAAGGCAUCCGCGCCGGCUGCCCGUCCCGACCCUCAACGGACGACAACAACGGCUACAGCGAUGCAGGUUGAAUAG